AUGGUUGAAUUAUCCACGGUUGUCGUUGUCGACGUGAGUUCAAGAACAUUUCACCAGCGCGUCUCGGAUUCGGCGUUACUAUCUGCCGAGAUCUUAUCUCUUGGCAUAAAUGAAAUGUGCGCAGCAGUGUUCACUCGAUUUCAUCAUCACUUCUCUCAUGGUGAAUGCCUUUUUCACUAUUGCUCUCGCUUGAACCAUAAUAUCACUUUUUUUACCCUUUCCCACUCGGCCUAUCAAAAUGGCAGGAAUUUCCCCUUUUCAAGGAGUGUUCUCAGUCUAGGGAACCUUGAUUCCUUGGCAGCUGCGUCAUCUUCGCAGCAGUGCCAAAACGCCUGGCAAGGUAACUCACCAGAUGUCGCCAACUCAACCAUCCUGACUCUCUUUGAACUCAAUCCAGUUCUGCAUGCGAGAGUACUCCAAGUGCUUCUUACCUCAUUUCUUGUUACCAUAGCUCCGGUUCAACAUUCCAAAUCUCGAAAUGCGAGUGCUGAUCAUGUCCAACAUGUCCCAGCAACGCGGAAUCUUCAGUACGAAUGUCUCUCCUUCGGAUGUUUGAGUACGUGCCACUUGGGCAGACUCUACACGAAUGGACGACACGUAACGUGCUCAGCCACGCUUCAGAGUCCGGAUUCCAUCUCGCGAUUUGCACCCAAUACCCCACCAAGUUUUCUCCAGCUUAAUGCACCGGCACUCCGCUGUAUCCCGAACCCUGUGUCUCGCGUUCAACCACAGAAUGUGGUUCUUUUGGCCGACACAAUUCCUUUCGGAAGUCCCGGAUCGAACAUGGAGGGGCACGACACUCUUGCUGCGCCCUUGGGCUGGUCCGGAAUAAAUUGCCAGAGGCACAUCGUUGAUGAAUUUGUGCAGUGCCGAAACUCCGAGUGGGAUCUCAAUGGCUUGACCUUGCUAAUAUUGAGGAUUUACUGUGAAUUUCGAUACCACUUCUUUCGAAACCGCUUCGCAAGCUUCAAAUUCCCUCGACUCUUUGAACACUAUACCAUGACGGGUCGAAGUAGAGUUGGUUCCUUUUCCGCAGCAUUCUUCCUCUCUUCAAAUUCAACCGAUUCUCGGCAAAUCCUUCCCGCUGAAUCUAUCAACGGAAUUCAACGGCUCCCAUCUUUUAUCUUUUCCAGUUUCCUUAAGGUGUACAUGUUCUACCAUAUGAACCACAAAGUGGGGCAAAUACAUCUUGAGAUCUCGUGCGUUCUCUGUAUCUUCGCCUGCUCUAUCCUCGCGGCUUCCGACCGGGACGUUUCGAUCACGAACUUGCGAUAA